AGUGCACUACAGUACACCUGUUGCACUUCUCAGGCUCUCUCUUCCUCCGUCCCUCUCUCCCUCUCUCUUUUUCCCUGGCUGGACAGAGAGCACGGGGGGAGAAGAAGAGGGCUUCUUGGUCGACAUGGAUCCCAACAAGGAGGCCAACAACGGCAGUGAGAAAGAGAAGGAAAAAGAGAAAGUGAUCAAGAGGAGAAUCAGGCCUAACUUCCUGCGCUACAUGCACUUGGAGAGGAGGAAGACGGACACCAUCGUGGUGGCCAACGAUGACACCACUGCCGACAUUAAAGGUGACAUCAACCUUGGGACCCUGGUGCGGAGGAGUCAGUCGGACAAAACAGAGUACAGCGCCAAACUUAAAGAGAAAAUGGCACCCCUGUCCCCCCUGUCGUCAAUCCUGGCCUCUCCGGCCCUCGACCCCGCGGAGGUCCGCCUGAGGAAGAUGAGUCGCAGGUCAAAGGUCAUCCAGGAGCUGGUGCAGACGGAGAGGGACUUCCUCACUGACCUGGAGCUCUGCAUCAGAGAGGUGGUCAAGCCCCUCAGAGACAGACAGGUGGUGGACGUGGAUCGUCUGUUUACUAACAUGGAGACAGUGUGUGAGGUGUCGGCCGCGCUGCUCCACCGGCUGCAGGAGGCCACAGCUGAGCGAGACCCCGAGGCACUAGUCAUAGGGGAAGUGUUCAUUCAGGCCAAAGCAGCGCUGGAGGACGUCUAUAAAAUCUACUGCUAUCACCACGACGACGCUAACUCUUUACUCAAGUCCUAUGAGAAAGAGGAAGGAAUAAAGCAACAUUUCAUCACCUGUGUGUUAUCACUGAAGCAGAUAUACGACCAAGAGGGUAAACCCAACCUGCUGGACAUGGGUUCUCUGCUCAUCAAGCCGGUCCAGAGGGUCAUGAAGUACCCUCUGCUGCUCGGGGAGCUGUGGCAGGCCACGCCCAGCGACCACCCUGACAACGGGCCCCUCCAGGAGGCCCUGACCGCCGCCAAGAUCAUCAAUGUCAACAUCAACGAGUUCAAGAGGAGGAAGGACAUCGUGAUGAAGUACAAGAGGACCGAGGAGGAUGGGGGGACACUCAUGGGUAAAUUGAACAAGUUCAGCAUCCACUCUAUCAGGAAGAAGUCUGACAGGCUCACAGGAUACCUCAAGAUCCUCACAGGUGUGGAGCCACAGGUGAGAGAUGAGGUGUUCGACAAGGAGGAGAAGCUGUUCAGGAGUCUGGAGAAAGCAGUGAGACAACUAGUCAAGAACGUCCACUGUUACUUGAUACACAUACAGGAGAUGGAAGGUGUCGCGGUCCAGAAUGCUGAGGACCUGGAGGAACUCAUGAAGGAUCCAGACAAAAUAGACACAAACGGUACUCAGCACCUAAAGAACGGCAACAACCCAUACAAGCACUUUAAAGAGAGGAUGGCACAUCUGGUCCUGGCACCCCUCAACUCACUCCAAGGCAUGUUCGCCGCCCCGCAGAAACUCAUCCAGAAACGCUACGACAAACUAUUGGACUACUGCAGCCGCCUGGAGCGCUCUCCCUCCUCCUCCUCCACAUCUUCUGCCUCUUCUUCUUCCUCCUCUCCAUCACCUGUAUCCGAGGACCAGGGCCAGGUUGCGGCGCGGCGGGACUACGCAGCCCUCAAUGCUCAGCUGGUGGAGGAGCUGCAGAGAUUCAACAUGGCCGCCCAUACUAUCUUAUCCAACUGUGUCCUCUGCCUGGUGACCCUGCUCAAAGGCCUGAUGGACACGGCCUGCCACCACGCACCCUCCAUACAGCAGCUACCGGCUCCUUUGUCCAACAUCAGUGAAGUCCAAAGCAGCAUCAUGGAAGAGCUCAACAACCUGACUGUCGUCAAGGACAACACACAGACUCUAAUAGAACGCAAAGUCAGCUUCGAGAAAACAAAGAAAUUUUUAGCUGUCCCAGAGAUCCAGCGUCAGACAGAGGGCAACAGGGCCAGGCUGCUGGACGAGUAUCCAGCUGACAGGCUGUACCAGCUGAAGAGGAACUGUAACGGGUGUCAGGAGCAGGAUGUCAGCCUGCUGGAGGGGGAGCUGGUGGGCCUGCUGGAGGACACAGACCCCCUGGGGAGCCGGGGCCGCUGGCUGGUUGACACUGGCAGUACCCAGGGCUACGUGUACUCAUCCUUCCUGAAGCAGUACAACCCCAACAGGGAUCAGGGUCGACCAGGUCAGGGUACGGGGAUCACAGAUCCCCAGCAGCCCAUCGUGGUGCUGGACGAGGACUUUGACAACCUCAGCCUGUUUGUGUCGGGCAGCGGGAGAAACAACAGCAUACGGAGCCGGAGCAGCAUACCUAACUUCAGCCUCUACAACACCUCCAGUACCUCGCUUGACAGAUGCUCCACCCCGUCCAGCCUACAGGGCGACACAGAGCCAGACAUCCGCCAGGAUGUGGACACAGAGCCAGACAACCAGCAGUUCUAUGCGGUGUACGGGUUCCAGGCACGCUGUGACCAGGAGCUGACCAUGCAGGAGAACCAGCAUGUGAGGAUCCUCAAGUUCAGCGACCUGGGAGGCAACAAGGACUGGUGGUUGGCCGAGGCCAACGGACAGAAGGGCUACGUCCCAGCCAACUACCUCGGCAAAAUGUCAUACGCAUAAAGGAAUAGAUUGGGUUUAAGAAGGCCCAAUCCCAAAUGGACUCCUAGCCCCUACGGGCAGGUUUCCCAGACACAGAUUAAGCCUAGUCUUGGACUAAAAUGCAAUUAUAAUAGAGACUCCCAAGGACUAGGCCAAAUCUAUGUUCAGGAAACCGGCCCUAUGGCCUUGUGGAUAUUUGAGAACAUGUCAUAGUUGUACGGUAGCAUCAUGGUGAAAAUUCCAACUAGCAUAUCAGGACAAGGUAGAUUUAUUACCAUAUCCUCUCAAAUCUCCAGACGUAGGGUCGAUUUGGGAUAGGGUUUUACUGUAAUCUGUCUGUCUAUAUAAAAAAAAGAAUGACCAGAAAAUGUAAUUAUCAAAAGAUCAUGACUGUUAAGAUUAUUGCAUAUAUGCAUUUUGCACUAAGAAUGAAGCUAUCAUUGUGCUGAGCACUUAGUAUUGCCACCUGCAGUAUUGAUGAAUUUAUAUUGUGAAUGUGUAUUGUCCCAAUGAAAAUAAUGAUUUAUUCUAAUAUAUGUCAAGCAAAUGUAUAUUGAAAGAGAUAAUGCAUUUUAGAGUUAUACAGUUCCUCCAUGUAAUGUGUAUAUUUUAGAUCCCUCAUCAGUGAUGAAUAAAGAGUCUUUAUCAGUG